CACACAUACACAUACAGAGAUCCGGGUUGGGGGGGAGCUGCAGCGCGAGACAGCGCGAGCCUCCGAGAAAGCGCGAGACACGCCGGCGCGUGCAGCUCCCCGGACGCAGCUUCGUCCCGGCCGGAGCCCGGCGCCACCCGCAGUUGGCCCGCUAGCGCCGGCCCAGGGCAUUUAUGCGGCGGCCGCGUCCUCCCGCCGCAGCUUCCUCGAGCCCACCUACCCCUGGCGUCCCCCCAACUCGCAGCCGCGGCUGCUGGGACUCGAGCGUGGGUGUGUUGUUCGGGGGCUUCUGCCUGGGCGCGCUGCGGGUGCCACCUCCCGGGACUCUGCCCUCGGGGUCCCUGGUCGCGAUCAAACAAAUAAGAGACAUCUGUUGAAGUUUGAUCCCCCCCUACUCUGCAAAUAGAAGAAUAUUCUGGAGAAAGAAGGAUUGCAAGCACAAAGAAUAAGACUACAACAUCCAGAGGGAGGGCUAAAGUUCACCCCACACUCGGCUCUUCUAAUGUGAUGCUGGGACUGAAUGUAUGUAGGAUUCCAUUCCGAGGUUGACUUAAAAGGUGCAUCGAAGAUUGAGAACAGACAGGUAUUAAGUCAUGAUGCAGGAGUCCGCGACUGAGACAAUAAGCAACACUUCAAUGAAUCAAAAUGGAAUGAGCACUCUAGGCAGCCAAUUAGAUGCUGGCAGCAGAGAUGGGAGAUCAAGUGGAGACACCAGCUCUGAAGUAAGCACAGUGGAGCUGCUGCAUCUGCAACAACAGCAGCAGGCUCUCCAGGCAGCAAGACAACUUCUGUUACAGCAGCAAACAAGUGGGUUGAAAUCUCCUAAGAGCAGCGACAAACAGAGGCCAUUGCAGGUGCCUGUGUCAGUGGCCAUGAUGACGCCCCAGGUGAUCACCCCUCAGCAGAUGCAGCAGAUUCUUCAGCAGCAGGUCCUGUCUCCCCAGCAGCUCCAAGCCCUCCUGCAGCAGCAGCAAGCAGUGAUGCUGCAGCAGGAUUGUUUGGAUUCUGGAUUGGAAAUUUUCAGAGCUGCCUUGGGAAAAAAAUCAAAAUGGUUUAUUCAGCAACAACUACAAGAGUUUUACAAGAAACAGCAAGAGCAGUUACAUCUUCAGCUUUUGCAGCAGCAGCAACAGCAGCAGCAGCAACAGCAGCAGCAGCAGCAGCAGCAACAACAGCAGCAGCAACAGCAGCAGCAUCAACAGCAGCAGCAGCAUCAACAGCAGCAGCAUCCUGGAAAGCAAGCGAAAGAGCAGCAACAGCAGCAGCAGCAACAACAACAGCAGCAGCAGUUGGCGGCCCAGCAGCUUGUCUUCCAGCAGCAGCUUCUCCAAAUGCAGCAACUGCAACAGCAGCAACAUCUGCUCAGCCUUCAGCGUCAGGGCCUCAUCUCCAUCCCACCAGGCCAAGCCGCCCUUCCUGUCCAGUCGCUGCCUCAAGCUGGCCUAAGUCCUGCUGAGAUUCAGCAGCUAUGGAAAGAGGUGACUGGAGUCCACAGUAUGGAAGACAAUGGCAUUAAGCAUGGAGGGCUAGACCUCACAACUAACAAUUCCUCCUCGACUACCUCCUCCACCACUUCCAAAGCAUCACCACCAAUACCACAUCAUUCCAUUGUGAAUGGACAGUCUUCGGUUCUCAAUGCAAGGCGGGACAGCUCGUCACACGAGGAGACUGGGGCCUCCCACACUCUCUACGGCCAUGGAGUUUGCAAGUGGCCAGGCUGUGAAAGCAUAUGUGAAGAUUUUGGACAGUUUUUGAAGCACCUGAACAAUGAGCAUGCAUUGGAUGACCGGAGCACUGCCCAGUGCCGGGUGCAAAUGCAGGUGGUGCAGCAGUUAGAAAUACAGCUUUCUAAAGAACGCGAACGUCUUCAAGCGAUGAUGACCCACUUGCACAUGCGACCCUCAGAGCCCAAACCAUCUCCCAAACCUCUAAAUCUGGUGUCUAGUGUCACCAUGUCGAAGAACAUGUUGGAGACAUCCCCACAGAGCUUACCUCAAACCCCUACCACACCAACGGCCCCAGUCACCCCGAUUACCCAGGGACCCUCAGUAAUCACCCCAGCCAGUGUGCCCAAUGUGGGAGCCAUAAGAAGGCGACAUUCAGACAAAUACAACAUCCCCAUGUCAUCAGAGAUUGCCCCAAACUACGAAUUUUAUAAAAAUGCUGAUGUUAGACCUCCAUUUACUUAUGCAACUCUCAUAAGGCAGGCUAUCAUGGAGUCAUCUGACAGGCAGUUAACGCUUAAUGAAAUUUACAGCUGGUUUACACGGACAUUCGCUUACUUCCGGCGGAAUGCUGCGACUUGGAAGAAUGCAGUACGUCAUAAUCUUAGCCUGCACAAAUGUUUUGUUCGAGUAGAAAAUGUUAAAGGAGCAGUGUGGACUGUGGAUGAAGUGGAAUACCAGAAGCGAAGGUCACAAAAGAUAACAGGAAGUCCAACUUUAGUAAAAAAUAUCCCUACAAGUUUGGGCUAUGGGGCAGCUCUCAAUGCCAGUCUGCAGGCUGCCUUGGCAGAGAGCAGUUUGCCUUUGCUAAGUAACCCUGGACUGAUCAAUAACGCCUCCAGUGGCCUCCUGCAAGCCGUCCACGAAGACCUCAAUGGUUCCCUGGACCACAUCGACAGCAACGGGAACAGCAGUCCGGGCUGCUCGCCUCAGCCACACAUACAUUCGAUCCAUGUCAAGGAAGAACCUGUGAUUGCAGAGGAUGAAGACUGUCCAAUGUCUUUAGUGACAACAGCCAAUCACAGUCCAGAGUUAGAAGAUGACAGAGAGAUUGAGGAAGAGCCUUUAUCUGAAGAUCUGGAAUGAGAAUGAACUUGAGACACCUCAGUGUGAAGGGACAUAUCUCUGGCCUUCAUAACCACUCCACAACCAUGAAUAUUUGGCAAAUUUUUACUGUGACUAUUUAUUACGCAUGGAUAAAGGAGACAGCCCUAAAGGAACUUACUAAGCCAGCCCUUUGGGAUUCAGAACCAACAGGCAAAUUGCUUGUUUUCUUCUCUCUCUGUCUUUAUUGUUUAUUUCUUUUUCUUAC